CUGCUUUCAGGUCGGCGGGUCCACAGAGGGCUGGACAUCGUGUGCCGACGGCUGGACAUCUACGCCCUGUCUGACGCCACGCUGCACGGGAAGCUGCUCGUCUACAGCCACCCCCAGAAGGCCGCCGUCAACCCGGGAGCCUGCCUGAGAGGAGAGGGGGGUUCUGGCUCGGUUCCAGCCUGGUUCUGGCCCUCCACGGUUCUGACCCACAGCUCUCCCUCUCCCUGCAGGUCUGUGCUUCAGGCUGUUCUACGUGAGUCCGGACCGGAGCUCCGGGCCGGUGGGGGGGGGCAGCGGGUCGGGACCAUGCUGCCCAUGCUGUACUGGGAAUCACCUCCCACCUGCAGAUGA